AUGGCACACCAGGGUAUGGCUCUUAACUUGGAACCUGAUAACGUUGGUGUUGUAGUAUUUGGUAAUGAUAAAUUGAUCAAGGAAGGUGAUGUUGUUAAGAGAACUGGUGCCAUUGUCGAUGUACCUGUUGGAGAAGAAUUACUCGGACGUGUUGUUGAUGCUUUGGGUACACCUAUCGAUGGCAAGGGCCCAAUAAAUGCAUCUGAGCGUAAACGUGUUGGUCUUAAAGCUCCUGGAAUUAUUCCUCGAAUCAAAGUUAGUGAACCUAUGCAAACUGGUAUUAAAGCCGUUGACAGUUUAGUGCCUAUCGGUCGUGGACAGCGUGAGUUAAUUAUCGGCGAUCGUCAAACUGGUAAAACCGCAGUCGCAAUUGACACUAUCAUCAAUCAAAAGAGAUUUAACGAUGCUAAUGAUGAAAAAAAGAAACUGUACUGUAUUUACGUAGCUACUGGCCAGAAACGUAGUACAGUCGCCCAAUUAGUGAAGAGAUUGUCUGAUUCUGAUGCAAUGAAAUACACCAUUAUUGUGAGCGCUACUGCAUCUGAUGCUGCUCCUUUGCAAUAUUUAUCUCCAUACUCUGGUUGUGCUAUGGGAGAAUUCUUCAGGGAUAACGCUAAGCAUGCCUUAAUUAUCUAUGAUGAUUUAUCCAAACAGGCUGUUGCAUAUCGUCAAAUGUCUUUGUUAUUGCGUCGACCACCUGGUCGUGAGGCCUACCCUGGUGACGUAUUUUACCUUCAUUCCCGUUUACUUGAAAGAGCUGCUAAAAUGAACGAUAGCAAUGGUGGUGGCUCUCUUACUGCAUUGCCAAUUAUUGAAACUCAAGCUGGUGAUGUAUCUGCUUAUAUCCCUACGAAUGUAAUUUCAAUUACUGAUGGACAGAUUUUCUUGGAAACCGAAUUGUUCUACAGAGGUAUCCGUCCUGCUAUCAAUGUUGGUCUAUCGGUUAGUCGUGUAGGCUCUGCAGCUCAGACUAAAGCCAUGAAGCAGGUGGCUGGUACGAUGAAAUUGGAGCUUGCUCAGUAUCGUGAAGUUGCCGCUUUCGCUCAAUUUGGUUCUGAUCUUGAUGCUGCUACUCAGAGCUUGUUGAAUCGUGGUGUUCGCUUGACUGAAUUGCUAAAACAGGGCCAAUAUGUACCAAUGAGUAUCGAAGAGCAAGUCGCUGUAAUCUUCUGUGGUGUAAGAGGACAUUUAGAUAAGGUGGAACCUGCUAAAAUCACCGCCUUCGAAGAAGGUUUCUUGAAAUACAUCCGUACUAAUUAUCAAGCCGUUUUGGAUUCUAUCCGUGAGCAAAGCCAGAUUACGCCAGAUUCCGAAGCUAAGUUAAAGGAAGCUGUGGCAACUUUCUUAGAAACAUUCCAGUAAAUAGCUUGAGAUAAAUAUAAUUAGCAAAUGUUUCAUAAUAGGUAUUGUCUUAUUUUGCUUUUACACACCCGCUGUGGUCAAUAAUUAUUGAUCAACAUUAUUCGUAUGAAAUUGUUGAUUGAUUUGUCUAUUUCUAUUCGAAAUAAAGAUUUAAU